UGAGCCCAGGCCUGAGCCCGCCCCUGCUCCGAAGUCGUGGUCCCCGACGCUCGGCCGGCGGUGCCAUCGCGCGGGGAGGAGGGGGUGCGCUUCGGGGCGCGGAGCCCGCCGUCUCGGAGGCCGCGGCUCGGCCCGGCACUGCGGAGGGCCGCUUGAUUUCCCGGAACCCAGGUCGCGCGGCUGCUAGGGCCGGAGCCGGUGGAUCCGAGCGGGUGCCACCAGCGGCGGCGCGCCGCCUCCCCCGGUGGGAGCGGUGGUUGGGCCAGGCUGCGGCAGAGCGUUCGCUCGGAGAUGGCGGAGCAGCCGCGACGCGGCCCGUGGCCCCGAAAGCAGGGAAGCCGGGCAGCCCCGGGACGCAGCGGAGCCCGGGGACAGCGGGGACGCCGCCCAGUCCUCAGGGUAUGAAGCUAAAAUGCAGCGGCUAAGAACGCGGCUCUGGAGCUUGACAGGCCUGACUUCGAAUCCCAGCCCUCCCACCAACUGAGCUGUGUGAUCCUGGGCAAGGUAGAGGGGAAGAGAUUGAACUUUGCUGACCUUUGAUGUGAGGCGCUCAGCCAGGGCCAAGGGGAGAGCCUGGCAAGAUUUGCAGCCUGAAGCCAUGGGCCAGGGGGCCAUGGUGACCUGAGACAAGUGGACUCUGUAUAGUUGCCCCCUGCUUCCCCUUCUACCUCCCCUACCCUAUGCUAAGGGGACUCGUCUCCACCUCGUAAGGAAACUCCCCAAGGGAAUCCCCGUCCCCUAUUUUCCUAUCCUUCUACCCUUCCAAGACAGUCCUAGCCUAUAGAAUUCCUACCUCCCAUCCCCUGAGGUGGUCCCCAUUCCUCCCUCCCUUCCUCCCCCCGCCAUGCUCCAGUUGUGGAAGGUGGUACGCCCAGCUCGGCAGCUGGAACUGCACCGCCUCAUACUGCUGCUGAUCGCUUUCAGCCUGGGCUCCAUGGGCUUCCUGGCUUAUUAUGUGUCCACCAGCCCUAAGGCCAAGGAACCCUUGCCCCUGCCCUUGGGAGACUGCAGCAGCGGUGGGGCAGCUGGUCCUGGCCCUGCACGGCCUCCAGUUCCACCUCGGCCCCCCAGGCCUCCAGAGACAGCUCGAACUGAACCCGUGGUCCUUGUGUUUGUGGAGAGUGCAUACUCACAGCUGGGGCAGGAAAUUGUGGCCAUCCUGGAGUCUAGUCGUUUUCGUUAUAGCACUGAGUUGGCACCUGGCCGAGGGGACAUGCCCACAUUGACUGAUAAUACCCAUGGCCGCUAUGUCUUGGUCAUUUAUGAGAACCUGCUCAAGUAUGUCAACCUGGAUGCCUGGAGUCGGGAACUGCUAGACCGGUACUGCGUGGAGUAUGGUGUGGGCAUCAUUGGCUUUUUCCGAGCCCACGAGCACAGCCUACUGAGCGCCCAGCUCAAGGGCUUUCCCCUUUUUUUACACUCAAACUUGGGGCUCCGGGACUACCAAGUGAAUCCUUCUGCCCCGCUACUGCAUCUCACACGCCCCAGCCGCCUAGAACCAGGGCCACUGCCUGGUGAUGACUGGACCAUUUUCCAAUCCAAUCAUAGUACAUAUGAACCAGUGCUUCUUGCCAGCCUUCGGCCAGCUGAGCCCCCAGUGCCAGGACCAGUUCUUCGUCGGGCCCGGCUUCCCACUGUGGUACAGGACCUGGGGCUUCAUGAUGGCAUCCAGCGGGUGCUCUUUGGACAUGGCCUUUCCUUCUGGCUCCACAAACUUAUCUUCGUUGAUGCUGUUGCAUACCUCACUGGCAAGCGCCUCUGCCUGGACCUUGACCGCUACAUCUUGGUAGACAUCGAUGACAUCUUUGUGGGCAAGGAAGGGACCCGCAUGAAGGUGGCUGAUGUUGAGGCUCUGUUGACCACCCAGAACAAACUCAGGACCUUAGUUCCCAACUUCACCUUCAACUUGGGCUUCUCGGGCAAGUUCUAUCAUACUGGGACAGAGGAGGAGGAUGCAGGGGACGACAUGCUGCUGAAGCACCGCAAAGAGUUCUGGUGGUUCCCCCACAUGUGGAGCCACAUGCAGCCACACCUGUUCCACAAUCGCUCCGUGCUGGCUGACCAGAUGAGGCUCAACAAACAGUUUGCUCUGGAGCAUGGGAUUCCCACGGACCUGGGGUAUGCUGUGGCCCCCCACCACUCGGGUGUGUACCCCAUCCACACGCAGCUCUAUGAGGCCUGGAAAUCCGUGUGGGGCAUCCAGGUGACCAGCACUGAGGAGUAUCCCCAUCUCCGCCCUGCCCGCUACCGCCGUGGCUUCAUUCACAAUGGCAUUAUGGUGCUGCCCCGGCAGACAUGUGGCCUCUUCACUCACACAAUCUUCUAUAAUGAGUAUCCUGGAGGCUCUCGUGAACUAGACCGGAGCAUCCGAGGUGGAGAGCUCUUUCUGACGGUGCUGCUUAAUCCGAUCAGCAUCUUUAUGACCCAUCUGUCCAAUUAUGGAAAUGACCGGCUGGGCCUAUACACCUUUGAGAGCUUGGUGCGCUUCCUCCAGUGUUGGACACGGCUGCGCCUACAGACCCUUCCUCCUGUCCCGCUUGCACAGAAGUACUUUGAACUUUUCCCUCAGGAGCGAAGCCCCCUUUGGCAGAAUCCCUGUGAUGACAAGAGGCACAAAGAUAUCUGGUCCAAGGAGAAAACCUGUGAUCGUCUCCCGAAGUUCCUCAUUGUGGGACCCCAGAAAACAGGGACUACAGCUAUUCACUUCUUCCUGAGCCUGCACCCAGCUGUAACUAGCAGCUUCCCUAGCCCCAGCACAUUUGAGGAGAUUCAGUUCUUCAACGGCCCUAAUUACCACAAGGGUAUUGACUGGUACAUGGAUUUCUUCCCUGUUCCUUCCAAUGCCAGCACUGAUUUCCUAUUUGAAAAAAGUGCCACCUACUUUGACUCAGAAGUUGUACCACGGCGGGGGGCUGCCCUCCUGCCACGAGCCAAGAUCAUCACAGUGCUCACCAACCCUGCUGACAGGGCCUACUCCUGGUACCAGCAUCAGCGAGCCCAUGGAGACCCAGUUGCUCUGAACUAUACCUUCUAUCAGGUGAUUUCAGCCUCCUCCCAGACCCCUCUGGCACUACGCUCCCUGCAGAACCGCUGUCUUGUCCCUGGCUACUAUUCUACCCAUCUACAACGCUGGCUGACUUACUACCCCUCUGGACAGUUGCUGAUUGUGGAUGGGCAAGAGCUGCGUACCAACCCAGCAGCCUCAAUGGAGAGCAUCCAGAAGUUCCUGGGUAUCACACCCUUUCUGAACUACACACGGACCCUCAGGUUUGAUGAUGAUAAGGGAUUUUGGUGCCAGGGACUUGAAGGUGGUAAGACUCGCUGUCUAGGCCGGAGCAAAGGCCGGAGGUAUCCAGAUAUGGACACUGAGUCCCGUCUUUUCCUUACGGAUUUUUUCCGGAACCAUAAUUUGGAGUUGUCGAAGCUGCUGAGCCGGCUUGGACAGCCAGUGCCCUCAUGGCUUCGGGAAGAACUGCAGCAUUCCAGUCUGGGCUGAUGUCCCAGCCUCCCAUACCAGCAAAAUGCCCCCUGCUUCCCUAAGGGGCAGGUCCAGAGCAGGGCCCACAAGGGGGAUUAGAGUGGCCUGGCCCCUCCCCCUCUACCUCAGUAGCCCCCAGGCCUGAGAUGGCUGAGAAGGGAAGGGUAUCCUUUUCCCAUAGUUCUGGGGCAAAUAAAGGGGCUUCCUUUGGUACCCCACAUAAUAGUGCUAGGUACCCUUGACCCAUCAUCUUGGGAGGUGGGGAGGAAUGAGAGGGUCCAGGCAGGGUGUAGGGGAAUGUAUUAGUCCAAUGAGAUUUCCCUCUUCAUCCGCAGCAGUGUAUCUAUCUAUACCUGGCUAUGGGAGAGACCCCUUGCAUGGGAGGGACCCCUUGCUAUGGCCCCUUUAGCCAGGCAGUGGGAUCUACCUGUGGCCCGGUCUCCCUAAUGUCAUUCACAUUGAAUGGGGAUGAGGUCGGACAGUGGCUCAUAGAGCCGAGUAUGAGCCCUAGCUGUGGGCUAGAAAUGUCCUUAAUAAACAUCCUUAUUUUUC